AUGCUCUACGUAGCCGAGCUACUCAAUCGGGAAAAGGAUCUAGUCGAGGUAAAGAAAGGCGUUACUCAUAUGAAUGUCACAGUCAAAUACCUUCCUGUUCCACUUGGCAAAGUCAGAUUUCAUACCAUGAUAUCAACUUCUUUGAAGCAGCUUACCCAGAUGGGAUUCACGCAGAAAGAUCUUGAAGAUGUGAAAUCUAUUUUCGCAGACACCAGUCUUUAUCUUCUUGGGCUGACCGUUUUCGUCUCGUCAGUCCAUCUCCUUUUCGAUGUGUUAUCAUUCAAGAAUGACAUAUCCUUUUGGCGCACCCGCGAAUCCAUGGUUGGGCUUUCCACGAAGGCUUUGUUGUGGCGAUGUUUUUCAUACACAGUCAUUUUCUUCUACCUAAAGGAUCAGCAUACCAGUAUGCUAGUGAUUGCUCCCGCUGGAAUUUCUGUUUUGAUUGAAUUCUGGAAGUUGAAAAAAGCUUUCAAGGUAUGGUGCCAUUUUUUUAUGUGGCAGCAAGAUCUGUUAGUCAUCAAAGUAAUUUAA